AUGGCGGCCCGCGUCCUGCGCCCCCGUGCCGUCCUUCACAGGCCCACCAUCGCCGCCUUCUGCCGCCCCUACCACUCCUUCGACCAUCCGGCGCCGAGCCAAGCCUUCACCAACUCAGAACACGCCCUCCUCUCCGCCGCAUACGAGCAUGUCCCCGACCACGGCUUCUCCCACCAAGCGCUGGCCCUCGGCGCCAAGGACGCAGGCUACCCCGACAUCAGCACCAGCAUCCUCCCCGAUGGCGCCUUCAGCUUGAUCCGCUACCACCUCGUGACGCGGCGGGAGGACCUCGCCCGCACGAGCCAAACCAUCUGGGGCGACGAGAGCAGCGGCAGCACGGCGAGCGUCGCCGACAAGGUCGAGCGCUUGGCCUGGGAACGCCUGGGGGGGGAACACCACCGCCCUCGCCGUCAUGGCGAAGCAGCCUACGUGCCGGCCUCCCUGAAGGAGCUCGCCCGCUUGGCCGACGACAUCUGGUACCUGUCCGGGGACACAGCGGUCGACCCUACGUGGUACACGAAGCGGGGCUCGCUGGCCACCAUCUACGCCUCGAGCGAGCUCUUCAUGACGAACGACAGGUCGGCCGGCUUCGCCGACACGCGCGAGUUCCUGCAGAGCAGGCUCGGUGAGGUCAAGGACGCCGGCUCUGUGCUUGGCGCCGUCGGCCAGUGGGUCGGCUUCACUGCGUCCGCGGGCGUCAAUGUGCUCAGGAGCAAGGGCAUGCGCAUCUAA